CCUGGCUCCCCUUCACUUACAAAGGCAGGGGAAGGGUGAGACCUUUCAAAGCCGCCAAGUGGGCAAGCUUCCAACAGCACUCCGGACUGAGCAAGAGGCAGAGCCACCAAGCCAGCAUCAGGGCACUGGGCCUCGCGUUUCAACUUCUGUUCAGUUCUCCUGUAAUGGAAAAUUGCUUUGCACAAAGCUAGAGUGUUACAGUUUUUUCCAGCACCCAUCCCCUGCCCUGCCCUGCCCCACCCCUCGGCAGCCUUCAGAUCAGAAGGACAGCUUGUGCCCGCCCUCAGGAAGGUAGAAGGAGGAGAACCGUGGCUUCUUACUAUGUCCCUUGCUUCAGGCCCUGGCCCCCAGCUGUUACUCUUUUCUCUAGGAAUGGGGCUGGUAUCAGGGUCCAAGUGCCCAACCAACUGUCUGUGUCAAGACCAAGAAGUAUCUUGCACAGAUAUGCAGCUAAUGGAAUACCCACUUGACAUUCCUCUGACCACCCGGAGGCUACUCCUGAGCAAUAACAAAAUCACUAGUUUACCAGCCAUGCAGCUGGGAUUCCUCAGUGACCUUGUUUACCUGGACUGUCAGAACAACCGGAUUCGAGAGCUGAUGGAUUAUACCUUUAUCGGGGUCUUCAAACUCAUCUACCUUGACCUCAGCUCCAACAACCUAACUUCCAUCUCCCCAUUCAGCUUCUCAGUGCUCAGCAACCUGGUGCGGCUGAACAUUUCGAACAACCCUCACCUGUUGUCUCUCGACGAAUACACCUUUGCCAACACCAGCUCCCUGCGGUUCCUGGACCUCCGGAACACCGGGUUGCAGACUGUGGAACAUAACUCCCUGCACCAGCUGACAAUACUCCAGACCCUGUAUCUAAGUGGAAACCCCUGGAACUGCACCUGUGAUUUCCUGGACUUCGCCAUCCACUUACUACUGUCCCACACGGAGCACCCAGACGGUCAGAGUGCCACGUGCACGGAGCCCGCUGAGCUGAAAGGGUGGCCCAUCGCAAAGGUGGGGAACCCACUCCAGUACAAGUGCAUCACACACCUGGACCAGCAGGACUACAUCUUCCUCCUGCUCAUCGGCUUCUGCAUCUUCGCUGCCGGCACUGUGGCCGCCUGGCUCACAGGUGUGUGUGCUGUGCUGUACCAGAACGCUCACCGGAAGUCGGCCGGGGAUGAUACCGAAGACGAGUCCGGGAGUAGGGUCGCCGGCCAGAUUUUUCGAGGCAACACUUACUUCAGCCAGAAUCGAUUCCCUCAGCUGAUCUAGCUGCCAGAGAGCACUACCAAUUGUGCCUUCCCUGCUCUGGCUCCCUGCUUUCUCACACACCCUCCCAUCUCACCACCACUGUCUUGGAGAUUGAAGCCUCCCAGUAAAAUAAAUAAAAUAUUUGGUGGUCA